AUGCGUUGUCUAGUCGUGGUGCUUUUGUGCUAUAUUUAUUUAGCCGAGAGCAAAACUAAUACAAAAUCUCUAACCGAAUCUAUGGGACAAGAAGUUAUCGAAAUCGGAGCACCAGUUAAAGAUUUGCCAGCCGACUUGGACGAAGAGCCGUCGGUGGAAAAUGAGGACUCCACGUCUACGACGAUACAAGUAGCAACCAAAAAGGAUACACGGCGGAUAUUGGAAACAGUGAACAAAAGGAAAGACGUAGACGACAUCGACAAACAAGAUGACGAGGAAACAAGAAUUGAGAAGGAAUUAGCCGAAAUGUAUAAGGACUCUUCAGAUUAUACAUCGGACAGCAGUGAAGUGAAAGAAAAGUUGAAUUCUACCGAAGUCUCUACUAUAUAUACCGAUAAUUCGACUAAUUUUGAGGAGAAACCAGUGGCAAGAGUGCGAGCUAAUUUCCAAUUCCAACCGAACGCCAACAAUCCUAAGGAGAUCGAAAAAUUCAGAACAUCUGUGGACGAGAUUAAUUGCGAACGAAAUAAGUUGACAGCGACUACGUAUUCACCCAAUGCUGCAAUACGCGCCGCCAUCAACACAAGUUUCCUUUACCUUAUUACACUAUUGACAAACUGA